AUGGCUAUCACCGGAGCCAUGGCAAAUGAGCUCGGAAACUCAGCCGUCAGAUCUUCCUCCGGUGGAUGGAGAUCGGCACGGCUCAUCAUCGGUGUCGAAAUGGCGGAGCGAUUCGCGUAUUACGGGAUAUCGUCGAAUCUGAUAACGUACUUGACUGGACCAUUGGGUGAGUCAACAGCUGCAGCUGCGGCCAAUGUGAACGUUUGGAUUGGAACGGUGUCGUUUCUGCCUCUUCUAUGGGCGUUUGUAGCUGACUCGUUUCUCGGUCGUUUCCGUACUAUCAUCAUCUCAUCUUCUAUCUACAUCUUGGGACUUGGGUUGCUGUCUUUUUCAGCCAUGAUUCCUUCUCACUACAAAGAUCCGAAUCAGCUCGUCUCCUCUGCUUCUCAGUUCCAAGUGAUUCUCUUCUUCUGUGCUCUGUAUCUUGUAGCAAUAGGACAAGGCGGUUACAAACCUUGUAUUAAGGUAUUUGGAGCCGAUCAAUUCGAUGGAAAUGAUCUAAAAGAGGCAAAAGACAAGAGUUCUUUCUUCAACUGGUUGACGUUUGGAAACUGUAUUAGCAUAUUGAUGACUCGUUUGGUCUCUAUAUCUAUCCAAGAGAACCUAAGUUGGUCUCUGGGAUUUGGUAUUCCAAGUGUUUCCAUGCUACUUGCUCUGUUUCUGUUCCUCCUUGGAACUACCUCUUACCGCUUUAGUACUGAAAGAGGAGAGACGAAAAACCCUUUUGCUAGAAUCGGUCAUGUUUUCAAGGAGGCAGUAAAGAACAGAAGACAACCCGAUUUCGAUAUAGCUAACCCAAACGAUACCCUCCUUCUCUUGACUCACGAGAGCUCCAAGCAAUUUAGAUUCCUCGACAGAGCAGCGAUAUCAUGUGAUUCCGCUGAAAUUGAAGAAGCAAAAGCGGUUGUUAGGCUUGUUCCUAUAUGGAUGAGUUGCUUAAUCUACGCCAUUGUAUAUGCGCAAUCCACUACUUUCUUCACAAAGCAAGGAGCCACAAUGGAUAGGUCAAUCUCACAAGGACUCGUAGUCCCUGCAGCUACGCUCCAAUGCGUCAUAAGCCUAACAAUGGUUGUUUUCGUCCCAAUCUAUGACCGUCUACUCGUCCCUAUCGCUAGAUCAUUCACUCAAAUCCCAUCAGGAAUCACAAUGCUUCAAAGGAUUGGCACAGGGAUUUUCCUCUCCAUUCUAGCUAUGGUGAUAGCCGCCUUGGUCGAGACCAAAAGGCUCCAAGCCUCUCGGGAUGAUUUCAACAGUCCGAUUACCGUGUGGUGGUUGAUUCCACAAUACGUAAUCUAUGGAGUCUCCGAUGUGUUCACAAUGGUUGGUUUGCAAGAGUUAUUCUACGACCAAGUCCCUAGUGAGCUUAGGAGCGUUGGUAUGGCUUUGAAUCUAAGCAUAUAUGGGGUCGGCAACUUCCUAAGCAGCUUCAUGAUAUCAAUCAUUGAUAAAGUCACGAGCCAGUCUAGUCAAACGAGCUGGUUCGACAACGACCUGAACCAGGCUCAUCUAGAUUACUUCUACUGGCUACUCGCUUGUCUUAGCUCCAUUGGUUUAGCCUCCUACUUGUGGUUCGCUAAAUCGUAUGUCUACAACAGACCAAACACCUUCUAA